UCUCCUGUAGAACAUUCUCCUGUAGAACACUCCCCUGUAGAACAUUCUCCUGUAGAACACUCCCCUGUAGAACAUUCUCCUGCAGAACAUUCUCCUGCAGAACGUUCUCCUGCAGAACGUUCUCAUGUAGAACACUCCCCUGCAGAACGUUCUCCUGUAGAACAAUCCCCUGCAGAACACUCCCCUGCAGAACGUUCUCCUGUAGAACACUCCCCUGCAGAACAUUCUCCUGCAGAACGUUCUCCUGCAGAACGUUCUCAUGUAGAACACUCCCCUGCAGAACGUUCUCCUGUAGAACACUCCCCUGCAGAACACUCCCCUGCAGAACGUUCUCCUGUAGAACACUCCCCUGCAGAACACUCCCCUGCAGAACGUUCUCCUGUAGAACACUCCCCUGCAGAACAUUCUCCUGUAGAACAUUCUCCUGUAGAACACUCCCCUGCAGAACAUUCUCCUGCAGAACGUUCUCCUGUAGAACGUUCUCCUGCAGAACGUUCUCCUGCAGAACAUUCUCCUGUAGAACACUCCCCUGCAGAACAUUCUCCUGUAGAACACUCCCCUGCAGAACAUUCUCCUGCAGAACGUUCUCCU